AUGUGCGUCAAGGCAGGGAUCUCAAAAGCAAGUGAUAGUGAGGUAAUCGUGUUGGAAGGUAUUGAAGGGCCUGCUUUCAUAGCUCGCGACAUUACCUUCGUCAACACCGCGGGCCCCCGGAUGGGCCAAGCCGUUGCGCUCCGGUCAUCGUCCGAUCUAUCGGUGUUCCACCGGUGCGGCUUUCAGGGCUACCAAGACACUCUAAUGGUGCUCUCACAGAGACAAUUCUACAAGCAAUGUUAUGUGUACGGAACAAUUGACUUCAUUUUUGGGAACGCAGCAGUUGUUUUACAAAACUGCAUGAUUUACGUACGAAGGCCCUUAAAGGGCCAGGUCAACGUCAUCACGGCCCAAGGCCGAGAGGACCCGUAUCAAAACAGCGGAAUCUCGAUCCACAAUUCUCAAAUACGGGCCGCUCCGGAUUUGAGGCCCGUUAUUGGGUCGGUCAAAACUUACUUGGGCCGGCCCUGGAAGAAGUAUUCGCGGACCGUGAUCAUGAGGAGCUAUAUUGACAGCCUGGUGAGCCCAAUGGGCUGGCUCGCGUGGCAAAGUAGUAAAUUUGCUCAGGAUACGCUGUAUUAUGGGGAAUUUAAGAACUUUGGGCCUCGGGCUUCGACCCGGUAUAGAGUGAGAUGGCCUGGUUUUCAUGUUAUAAGGAGCCCAAAUGUGGCCUCUCAGUUCACCGUCCGGCGACUCAUCGCCGGCCAGACCUGGUUGCCGGCCACCGGAGUUCCCUUCACCCUUGGCCUCUGAUUUGCAUUUAUUGUAUUUAAUAAUGACUUGACUUAGGGAAGAAUUUGUUUAAAAAGAUA